AUGGAAGUUUCCCUAAACCAGCCAGCAUCUGACACAACCAGGACAAAGAACAACAACUCUGCAUUUUUUUACUUUGAGUCCUAUCAACCUCCUUCUCUAGCUUUAUUCCUAUUCCUCACAGCCUAUAUUGUGGUCUUAUUUGUGGGCCUUUUUGGAAACCUCUCUCUCAUCAUCAUCAUCUUUAAGAAGCAGAGAAAAGCUCAGAAUGUCACCAGCAUACUGAUUACCAACCUCUCCCUCUCUGAAAUCCAGGUAUGUGUCAUGUGCACCCCUUUUACUGUCAUCUACACUCUGAUGGACCACUGGAUAUUUGGGGAUGCCAUGUGCAAACUCAUAUCCCACAUGCAGAGUGUCUCAUCUGUGUCCAUAUUCUCACUCAUAUUAAUUGCCAUGGAAAGAUACCACAUAACUGUGAACCCCCAUGGCUGGAAGUCCAGUGUGACUCACACCUACUGGAGCAUCACACUGAUUUGGCUGUUUUCCCUUCUGCUGUCUAUUCCCUUCUUCCUGUCCGACCACCUCACUGAUGAGCCCUUCCGCAACCUCUCUCUCCCUACUGACCUCUACACCCACUGGGUGGCCUGUGUAGAGAAUUGGCCCUCCAGAAAGAACCAGCUGCUCUUCACCACCUCCCAGCUUAUGAUGCAGUAUUUUGUUCCUCUGGGCUUCAUCCUCAUCUGCUACUUGAAGAUUAUUAUUAUCCGCCUCCGCAGGAGAAAUGCAAAGGUAGACAAGAAGAGGGGAAAUCAGAGCCGGCUCAGUGAGAACAAGAGGAUCAACACAAUGUUGAUUUCCAUCGUGGUGACCUUUGGAGCCUGCUGGCUGCCCUGAAUAUCUUCAAUGUCAUCUCUGACUGAUAUUAUGAGGACUCCGGGGCUGUUCCCUCCUACCAACUUGGAUCUCCUCAGAAGUCAACAUGCUUCUGCAUGUGUACUUCGUGGCUCCAAAGCUCAGCGGGUCAGCCUACUGGGCCAUGUCUCUACCUUGGCUUCUCAAAGCCUGGUCCGGUUGGAGGGGAAUGUGGACAACAGGGAGGAGAAAGUGAGGCUGUCCGUGUCCCAGGCCCCAAGCUGUCUCCAGGCCUCUGUGGCCCAUGAGGAGGAAAAUGUCACCCUCCAAAGCAAGAAACUUGAGGGCAUGGGUCACCCCAGCCCUGGCAUCUGCCCAGAACUUGAGAAGGAAGGAAUAUUCUCCAGCGACCUUACAGGGCUGGCAUCCGUGGUCACUGCCCUGUGGAUCACCCAGCUGUGUCGGGUGGUGAAGACCUCUAUUAUCCUGACCCCACAGUUCCUGUCCCAUGCCCAGGGCCAGCUCACCAGGGAGCUGCAGCAGCACAUAAAGUCCGUGCCAUCCCCCAUGCAAGUACCUGAGGAAGGAGACUGUGGAGGAGCAGAGGAGGAGAGUGGGGAAUUGAUGGGAAAUGACAGCAGAACUGAGUCACCUCGGAUUUGCUUUAUCCUCAACCAGGUGGGGUUUGUCCCAGAGCUGCACAAAAUCAGCAGCAGCAUGAUCAAAUGGGAUAAACUUCAGAAAAAGCAGUUUGUUCAGAUGUGA